ACAAAUAAUCGGAUUUGUCUUUUUUCCGAAAUCACAUCCUCGAGCGCUCGUUUUAUCAACAAGAAGGGGAUCAGCUGCAUCGGGUAUUUUAGGACAUCUGCACAUAGACAGUCGGUUACAUUUAGUCUCUUUACGGCGGGGGCGCGCAUGGAGUUAUCUGUAAAGCACUGAAGUCGGUUUAUAAAUCAAUCCUGUAAAAUGGACGUGAAAGACUCGUGUUGAGGUGUUUUGGGAUGUGAGGCAUCAGCACACGGACUUCACAUGUGUUCAGAUGUGUUUCUGCUCGCAGUGGACGCGCAUGUCGACAUGGAUCGUGUUAAACGAGAGGAAUUGUGAGAACCGUCCCGAGAAAUCCGAGAACAAACUUGUCCGUUUAAUGCACAUCGAUGGAUAAACGUGAUCCGACGGCUGAUGUCAAAGGUAUGUCAUCGAUGUUCAGCUGGAAUCAGGAGGAUUGUGAGACUUGAUUAAUAGGCUUCACCUAUGGCAGAGCAGCAGAAUACAGGUCCUUUCGUGUGAAUCUACCAUGGACCACAUGCUCUAUCAGCUGCUGGUCCUGGGUAUGGCUGCAAUGAUGACCCAUGCAUGCCCCAAAUACUGCACGUGCCAGAACUUAUCCGAGUCCCUGGGGACCCUGUGUCCAGCUAAAGGCUUGCUCUUCGUACCGUCUAAUAUAGAUCGCAGCACCGUGGAGCUCCGCUUAGGGGGAAACUACAUCCUCCGGAUAACGCAGCAAGACUUUGCCAACAUGACGGAUUUGGUGGACCUUACGCUCUCCCGCAACACAAUAAGCCACAUCCAGCCAUUCUCCUUUGGCGACCUGGAGACCCUCCGUUCUCUCCACAUGGAUAAUAACCGGUUAGUAGAGUUGGGUCCAGAUGACCUGCGAGGGCUGGUCAGCCUUCAGCACCUCAUCCUCAACAAUAACCAACUGGGUCGCAUCUCUGAGAGGGCGUUUGAAGACCUCACGGCAUCUCUCGAAGAUCUGGACUUGUCCUACAACAAUCUUAACUCCUUGCCCUGGCAUUCGGUUCGACAGAUGGUCAACCUGCACCAGCUAAGCUUGGACCACAAUUUGUUGGAUUACAUCCCUGAGGGCACGUUUGUGGAUUUGGAGAGGCUGGCCCGCUUGGACCUCACCUCUAACCGGCUUCAGAAACUUCCUCCAGAUCCCAUCUUUGCCAGGGCACAGGAUUCCGAAGGUAUGACCACACCGUUCGCUCCUCAACUUUCACUAAGCGUCGGAGGGAAUCCGCUUCACUGCAAUUGUGAACUGCUUUGGUUUCGGCGACUGGAGCGAGAGGAUGACUUGGAAACCUGUGCCUCUCCUCCGGGUCUGAAGGGACGCUACUUCUGGAGCAUUCGGGAGGACGAGUUUUUGUGUGAGCAGCCAUUGAUAACUCAACACACCCACAGGAUGCUGAUUCUGGAGGGGCAGACCGCCAGUCUACGGUGUGAAGCCAUUGGAGAUCCCACCCCGAUGAUACAUUGGGUCGCACCCGAUGAUCGAUUACUCAGCAACUCUUCCCGCACUGUAGUGCACCGCAAUGGCACCCUAGAGAUCCUGAUUACCACAUCGAAGGACUACGGGACCUUCACCUGCAUUGCCGCCAACCUUGCCGGAGAAUCCUCUGCUUCGGUGGAGUUGUCCAUUAUUCAGCUACCCCACAUAACCAAUGGUACAGGACAAGCCACACAACCCAAGUCCCGCCUGUCAGACAUUACGGGCACCUCCAGGACCGGUAAAGGCACCCCAAAGAGCCAACCAGAGAAGACAGUGUCCGUGUCUGAGGUGACCGCAGUCUCUGCUUUGGUCACGUGGACAGUCAACAAGGCGGCUCCCAAAGUAAAAAUGUACCAGCUACAGUACAACUGCUCAGAUGAUGAGGUCCUCAUCUACAGGAUGAUUCCCGCCUCCAGUAAGGCCUUCCACGUCACCAAUCUAGUGUCUGGGACCCGCUACGACCUGUGUGUGCUGGCGGUGUGGGACGACACGGCGACCACUCUCACUGCCACUAAUGUGGUGGGCUGCGCAGAGUUCUACACCAGAGACGAGUACCCUCAGUGUCAGGCUCUACACGGCCAGCUGCUGGGCGGCACCAUGAUCCUGGUGGUGGGGGGAGUGAUCGUGGCCACGUUACUUGUGUUUAUCGUCAUCCUCAUGGUGCGCUUUAAAGCAGGGGCCGGCGAUGAGCACCUCGCCACCAAACUGAGCGACGUCGGUGAAACAUACUCGCAAAGCAACGGAGGGAGGCUGGGACAGAACGGGGUGCCUCUGCCAGUACCCAAAGCCAAGGCUAAAGCGAGCGCGCGGGACAAAGCGGUGGAAUUCAGGUGCGGCUCGCUUCAGAGUAGCUUGUCCUCGACCUCGUCCUCCUCAUCCUCAGGUUCGGCGGACGCCACGUCCUACAGCCCCAACAGAGCUCUCGCCAACAUCUGGAGGUCGGCACCUCCUAAGCCCCGUGGGAACAUAGACCAGCUUCUGGGGGCCUUUACUUCUCUGGAGCUCCGCGGCCCGACCAAGGAGCCGGCUCCAUCUGGAAGCUCUGACCCCGGGGCCGGCGCUUCCGCUGCAGCGCCCCCUACUGACAAGGAGCCUCUGUUGGGCCGGACGCUGGAUUCGCGGCUCAGCCGGUUGCUCAUGUUGCCGCUGGACUCUAAACCCAAGAGGAGCCACUCGUUCGACAUGAGCGACUUCACAGUGUCCACAGCGCAGCGCCUGUGCUCGUAUCCGCGCAGGGUGAGCAGCAUCUGGACUAAACGCAGUCUGUCUGUGAACGGGAUGUUACUGCAGUGUGAUGAGGAGGGAGAGGCCGGAGGGAGUAAAGGCACCACAGAGAGCUCUGAGUGGGUUAUGGAGAGUACUGUUUAGGCGAAGUCCACAAUGCAGCUAAAUAAAUUUGCCAGUGACAACCAUAUUUACAUGAAACCACACAGUGAGUCCUAAUGCCGCGUUCAGACUGCACAAUCAUUUGUUUGUUGGAUAGUUGAGGCUUGUCCACACGGGACGAUAACCACGCAUGCUUAUCACCUACGUUUAACGCCUCGUGACUAAACAAAGGGAGCCAAUGUGAGUGUGUACACAGACGCGCAAAAUAAUUUUUUGGUUUGACACACCACGUUAAAAACGGGCCUGUUCACGUGCCUAGAGCUGCUGAAGUACGACUUGGUGGCGCUCAAGCACAAAUAUUUCUUCCCGAGCACACAUUGAUACCAACGACAUAGAGUAAGUAAGUAGACGAAAGGUGCAAGAUUAAUUUUCUUCUGUGUGACAAGCGAUUGUCGGAAGCAUAAAGUUGCGCAGCGCCACCUUGUGUACAGGGGUAUUUCUGUUAUUCAUCAAGCUCCAUCUACGUCAGGGAGUGAUAUUGCACGUUCAUUUGGCUCACUGCCAGUAAAAAUCGCUUGGGAAUGAACGUCGAAACACGAUUAUCGUCCCGGUGUGGACAAGCCUUUACUGUGUCAGAUUUUGACUCUUUUAUUCCAGUAGUGUCAUUUCUAGUAGCCCCUUGAAGAAACAUUGUACAGGCGAGAGAAUUGUUAAUAAAGCGUCAUGAUCUUUUUCCUCGAUUGCUUAAUUCCUCCAAUACCAUCAUCUCGCUUUCGUUUCGACAUGUUUGAAAGCUACGUGAACAAGAGCUUGUGUGCUCACUGAUCAACAUCUCAGAACAACAAGUGGAGAAUCAACAAAUGAAACAUGCAAGUCUUUCUGUUCACUGUGAAAUUCUUGUUGAAUCAGUCUUGUGUCCCGACCGCCGUUGUUGAUCACAAAUCAUCACGACACACAACGUUACAACCAGAUUGUGCCAAAAUCAGGGGAUAUUGUGUAUUCUGAACCCAGCAUAAAGCAAACAAAACAACUAGAUAUGCACCAAUAUAUCGGCCAAUGAUCGGUAUCGGCCGAUUGAAUCAUUUUUUCACACAAUCUUUUGACUGUUUAAAAACAGCCGAUAAUCAGAGUCAAUAUAUCCUGUCAAUCAAAAGAGGACAGGAAAAUCCAAUGAAUUUGUGCUCUGUACAAAGAAAAUGUUAAAAACAUCACCAGUAUUAUCAUUCUAUGAACUAAUAACAUUCAGAAAGUUGAGAAAGAUUCAUCUCAUCUUCAGAAUCAAUUUUGGCAUCGGUGCAUCUCUAGAAACAACACAUCGCUGCUGUCCUUCUGAAACCUGUUAUCUCCGCAUUGCAUGAUUUUUUUUUUCCACAAAUCAUCAUUAUUAUUAUGUUUGUCGUGGGUUUUACAAACAUCUAGCAUAUAAAACGAAUGUAAGUUUUAAAAAGUACACUGUUUUUCAAUUUGCUAAAAAACACAUCUCUGAGUUUCAGAAAGACAGCGACAAUAUGUUACACAAGCAUAUUACAUACAUAACAAUGAGUUCUGAAUCUCUCCAUCAUAGUUUCUGCUUCUCAAUGCCAGUUAACUCACUCGUGUUAAUAAUUCUGUUCACACAGAGAAGUGGCGAAGUGGUGCUGGGGAUCAUUUUGUCUCUGAUCCAACAUUAGAUGAGAGAUAUUUACUACAAGAAAUAAGCUGGUAGUGUGUGUGUGGUCAUCGAAUUCAGCCUGCAUGAUUCUUCUUAAAGUCUCUGGAGUCUCACGUUUAUUUUUUGCCUUGCCAUAUUCAGAACAGAUAUCUAGUCCGCAUCAGUCACAAGCUGUGGCCGAUUGUUGUGAGAGUGUGUGUGCAUGUGUGUGUCGUUUAAUGUCUGAAACACGACCGGACGAGUUUUAAUGAAUGGGAAAGAAACUCCUGCGGUUUUUCACGGCUGCUCUGAGGAUCAAAGAACAUAAACAGGAAAUGUUUUUUUUCCAUUGACCAUACCAACGGUCUCCCCAAAGAACAACAUAAAUAAACAUUGAAUAUCUCUGAUCUUCUUGUGCGCCGAUUUAUAUGUGAAAUGAAUUUAAAGCGUUUUAUAUUUUGUAUCUUGUUGGUCAAACACUUUUAAUGUCAAACUUCUUUCCAGUACUUUCUCUCCACCUCUCUCUCUCUCACCUGCUUUUACGAACUGGUUUUCUCCUUGAGAAAUUCUCUGUAUAUUUCAAUGAAUCUUCAAAUAUUUGAAGUGGGUUGUGAUGUUCUUGUAUAUUCCUGUAUUUACAAAGAAAGACGCAUUAUUAAUGAAAAUGGGCUGAUGUGUGAAAAACGUCUGUUGUCAUUUGGAUUCAAUUAACAAUGAAAAUGUAA